CGUAUUGGGUGUCGCUGUCCCUUUAAGAGGAGCUUCCUGUCGGGGAGAGUCAGGCAGUUGGGAGCGGUCACAUGACCCGGAGUCUUGUGACUGGCCGCACACAGCACAGCGCCGAGCACAUUGGGGUGGGAGCAGCUGGCAGAGAGUCCGGUGCCCCGGAAUCAGCAUGGACAACAAGCCGCUUUUACAGGACCGACCGCCCGCCUACUCUCCGGCAGUCGCCGGGGGUUACGAGUAUGGACAGCCGCAGCAGAACUACGGGACCAUCCCGGGAGCUCCACAGAGCGCAGCCCAGAGCGUCUACCAGCCUCCCCCGUACCCCUACCCCACGGGCUCCGGAUACAUGGCACCACCGCAGGCUACCUUCCCCAGCACUUACACUAUUAUCCAGCAGCCGGCAGCAACGACUUCUGUGGUAGUGGUCGGAGGGUGUCCAGCAUGCAGGGUCGGCGUUUUGGAGGAUUCCUUUACCUGUCUGGGGAUCCUCUGUGCCAUCGUCUUCUUCCCGAUUGGAAUCUUGUUCUGUCUGGCUCUGAGACAACGAAGAUGUCCAAACUGUGGUGCCACGUUUGGAUAGGAGAAUCCAAAAGAGACAUCCAAUUCUAUAUCGUGCCCUUCUCAAUCCCUUCUAAAUGCACAAUCCUUUUCUUUAAUUGAAUAGCAUCAUUGUAUGUGGGUGGUGAUAUGAUAUAUCUUUCUGUUCUGCAUAGGGUGGGUGGGGAGAGCUCUGUGCCAUAGAGACACGUGGAAGUGUGAGGCUUCCGUAUACCAGUGCCUUCAGAGACUGUACCGAGAUCCCGGCUCUGCCCUUUGCUCAUGUCAUACGAAGACAAGUCCCCGUUACUUGUGUUCACCUUAUUUGUAUAUAUAUAUUAGUUUAAAAAAAUCAAUCUGUAAGAUGUAUUUGGAAGAAAAAAAAAUAUUUUAUAGUAAAAAGCAGCACUGUGAUAAAUCUAAAGUUUGUCAUCAUUAAAAUGAACAAAUUAUCUAUUUACGCCUUUUGUACUGCCGCAUCUGUUAUCUGGAAUUCAGGGUAUAUUAAAGUGAUUUCAUUUUAUAUUUAGAAAAAUCUGAUUAAUAAUGCAGACUGAGGUGUAGAACAGUAUGGCGGCUGCCCUCUCCUAUACUGCCAUUGGAACCAUAGGUUUAGAUAUGAACCUGGGAUACACACUGCCUAACAACCUAAUGCAGUGUUUUUCAAACAGGGUGCCCCCAGCUGUUGAAAAAACUACAAUUCCCAGCAUGCCUGAACAGCCUUUGGCUGUCCAGGCAUACUGAGAGUUGUAGUUUUGCAAGACCUGGACAUA